GAGGUUGACAAUUUGUUUCCCGUAUAUCCUCUGCUUUCGUUGUUCCCGCGCGUUCUAUCAAACUGCAAUGACGACCACUGAUACUCUAGAGCGCGAACUCAAGAUGUCGUGUGGAAAGAAACUGGCGGAUGCUACAGAUCCCCUCGAACGUCUUCGACUGAAAUGUCUUCAACGUGGCUCAAGCGGCAUCAAAGGGUUUGGGAGGCUGUUCAGGAAUAUGGAUGACGAUCGCAGCAGAUCACUGUCGUUCGAGGAAUUUUCGAAGGGAUGUCAUGACUACGGACUGGACUUCACUGUUGAGGAAGUCAAUGCUGCCUUCAGGCAAGUUGAUCGAGACGGCAGUGGCACUUUGGACUUUGAAGAGUUCCUUCGUGCAUUGAGGCCACCAAUGAACGAAUGUCGGUCUAGACUUGUUCAGGGAGCUUUUCAAAAACUGGACAAGACAGGAGAUGGUGUGGUGACUAUUGCAGAUUUAAAGGGUAGCUACAAUGCCAGGAAACAUCCCAAAUAUGAAAAUGGUGAAUGGACAGAAGCACAGGUUUUCGCCGAUUACUUGAAGAAAUUUGAUUCUCCAAAUGACCCUGAUGGAAAGGUGCUUUUUGAAGAGUUUUUGAACUACUAUUCUGGUGUCAGCGCUUCAGUCGACGACGAUCUCUAUUUUGAUCUAAUGAUGAGGAACGCUUGGAAACUGUGAAGUAUGUGGUGAAAACUGAUGCCAGAGUGAAGUCUAUGUCUGUCUUAUUAUCUUGACAUAUUGCUCUUUGGACAAUUGUUUACUUACCUUGGUUUGUGACCCGUGUAGGCUUUCACUUAGGACUACUGCUUGCUUUUCGUGACUGAUGUGAUAUUAUGCUGUUAGAAUGUUCAGAUCUAAAACCUAGAAAGGGAGUGUUGUUGCAAUCAAUGAUUAUAUUUCGUUGUAUUAUGUGGUCUGUGUGGACAUGUACUAGAAUGACACUCAGACAGUCUUUCAUUGGGGCUACAGAUUUCGAACUGUAUUCAAAAAAUGGCAUUACA